GCAGUAGGUGAUUUGCUGGAUGCCUUUAAAGAGUCUCAGAUCAGCGACAGUGCCUCGGAGGCGGAGAACAAGCCCCCUGUGUCUGCCCCUGCCCGCGAAGUGGAGGACGCAGCCCCCGCCCGUCCACAGGAAGAGUCGGAGGAGACGUGGGAGGAGAAGGAGGACCAGCUGGCCCCGUUUAUCUUCGCCAGCAUGCAGAAACCCGAGGGGCUGCCCCAGAUCACGGACGUGGUGCUGGACAAGCCCUGUGUACCUUCGCAGGCCAACAAGACCCCGCUGCGGGCGCUCGACCCCAUCCGCCUCAGCGGCAUGAACUGCAGCCCUGACUUCACCCCUUCCUUCGCCAAUCUCGGCCGGCCCGUCAUGGGCAACCGGGGCCUACCCUCAGGGUUGGGUCCCCGCCGCUCCCAGCAGAGCCAGAGGAAGGAGCCCCGCAAAAUCAUUGCCACUGUGUCCCUCAAUGAGGAUGUCAAGCUGAACAAGGCCGAGAAGGCCUGGAAACCCAGCAGCAAGCGUGCCUCCGAGGAGGAGGAUCCUGAGAACAUCAAGACGCAGGAACUACUCCGCCGUGUCCGCAGCAUCCUCAACAAGCUGACGCCCCAGAUGUUCCAGCAGCUGAUGAAGCAGGUGAUGGAGUUGUCCAUCGACACGGAGGAGCGGCUCAAGGGUGUCAUCGACCUUGUCUUCGAGAAGGCCAUCUCGGAGCCAAACUUCUCUGUUGCCUAUGCUAACAUGUGCCGUUGCCUUAUGGGGCUCAAAGUGCCCACAACAGACAAGCCCACGGUGACUGUGAACUUCCGCAAGCUGCUUCUCAACCGCUGUCAGAAGGAGUUUGAGAAGGACAAGGACGAUGAUGAGAUCUUUGAGAAGCGGCAGAAGGAGAUGGACGAUGCCAGUGCUCCUGAGGAGAAGGCGCGCAUGAAGGAUGAGCUGGAGGAGGCGCGGGACAAGGCCCGCCGGCGAUCCCUGGGCAACAUCAAGUUCAUCGGAGAGCUCUUCAAACUGAAGAUGUUGACGGAGGCCAUCAUGCACGACUGCGUGGUGAAGCUGCUCAAAAACCAUGAUGAGGAGUCUCUUGAGUGCCUUUGCCGCCUGCUUACCACCAUUGGCAAGGACUUGGACUUUGAGAAGGCCAAGCCCAGGAUGGACCAGUACUUCAAUCAGAUGGAGAAGAUCAUUAAAGAGAAGAAGACAUCAUCCCGAAUCCGUUUCAUGCUGCAGGAUGUGAUUGACCUCAGACGGAAUAGCUGGGUGCCGCGGCGAGGAGACCAGGGCCCCAAAACCAUCGACCAGAUCCACAAGGAAGCAGAGAUGGAGGAACAUCGGGAACACAUCAAAGUGCAGCAGCUCAUGUCGAAGGACAAGAGGAGAGGACCCCCCGGGCCAUCCUCCAGCGGUGGGCGUGGAAGCCUGGUCGCAGACGAUGGCUGGAACACGGUGCCCAUCAGCAAGGGCAACCGGCCCAUCGACACCAGCCGGCUAACGAAGAUCACCAAGCCUGGAUCCAUCGACUCCAACAACCAGCUCUUUGCGCCGGGUGGGCGGCUGAGCUGGGGCAAAGGCAGCAGCGGAGGGUCUGGUGCGAAGCCUGCAGAUUCAGCAUCUGAUUCAGGGCGACCAGCCACAAGCACCUUGAACCGCUUCUCAGCGCUCCAGCAGUCUACCCCUGCCGAGAGCCUGGAGUCCCGCCGUGUGGUGCAGAGGAGCAGCUCCAGCCGCGACAGGUCAGAGAAGGCUGGCGACAGAGGGGACCGGGAGUCACGUUCGGAGAAGGGCAGCGACCGCCUGGAGCGUCCUGACCGUGGGGAGCGGGCAGACAGGAACAGGUCUGCCCUCACCAAGAGGAGCUUCAGCAAAGAGACAGAAGACAGGAGCCGAGAACGGGAGAAGCAGAGCGGCCACGAGGCUGUGCGCAAGGCUGCUAGCAUGACGGAGGAACGGGACAGGAGCCGAGAGACCAUUAAGCAAGAGCCAGCACCUCCUGCAGCAUCCCCCAAGCCCGCGCUGUCGGAAGAGGAGCUGGAGAAGAAAUCCAAGGCGAUCAUAGAGGAAUACCUGCACAUCAAUGACAUGAAGGAGGCCCUGCAGUGCGUGCAGGAGCUGGGCAGCCCCUCCUCGCUCUACAUCUUCGUGCAGAACGGCAUCGAGUCCACGCUGGAGAGGAGCACCAUCUCCCGCGAGCACAUGGGGGUCCUGCUGUGCCAGCUGGUGAAGGCGGGCACGCUCUCCAAGGAGCAGUACUACAGAGGGCUGCGGGAGAUCCUGGAGAUCGCGGAGGACAUGGAGAUCGACAUCCCGCACAUCUGGCUGUACCUGGCUGAGCUCAUCACCCCCAUCCUGCAAGAGGAGGGUAUCCCCAUGGAGGAGCUGUUCAGGGAGAUAACGAAGCCACUGGUGCCCAUUGGGAAGGCCACCACACUGCUGGUCGAGGUGCUGGGCUUGUUGUGCAAGGGCAUGAGCCAGAAGACCGCAGGGAAGCUGUGGCGGGACGGGGGUCUGAACUGGAAGGAAUUCCUGCCCGAGGACCAGGAUGUCAACAAAUUUGUCACAGAGCAGGUGGGAGUUCAGUGGCAGUGAGGGGCAGAGACGGACACGCCGAGCCGCAAGGAGCUGACCUCGGAGGAGCUGUGCAAGCAAAUGGACAAACUGCUGAAGGAGAACCCGAACAACCAAAGAAUAUACGACUGGAUCGAGGCCAACCUGAGCGAGCAGCAGGUCUCAUCCAACACGUUUAUCAGGGCCCUGAUGACGUCCGUGUGCCACUCGUCCCUGCGGGAUGAGCAGAAGGAGCUCCAGGCACUCUAUGCCCUGCAAGCCUUGGUGGUGAAGUUGGACCAGCCUCCCAACCUCCUGCGGAUGUUCUUUGACGCCCUCUACGACGAGGACGUCAUCAAAGAGGAGGCUUUCUACAAGUGGGAGUCCAGCAAGGACCCGGCCGAGCAGCAAGGCAAAGGGGUGGCUCUCAAAUCGGUGACGGCCUUUUUCACCUGGCUCCGGGAAGCCGAGGAUGAGUCGGACAACAACUGA